AUGACGCGCAUCUUCAAUUGCCUGCUAGUCCUCCUAGCUUGUCUGGGAGUCGCAACCAAAGCAGACGACCAAGCCGUCACGCAAUGGCCCCUGCAAGAUAACGGCCUCAACACGGUCGUACAAUGGGACCACUACAGCUUCCAAGUAAAUGGUCAACGCAUCUUCAUCUUCUCCGGUGAAUUCCACUACUGGCGCAUCCCCGUUCCAGCCCUAUGGCGCGACAUCCUCGAGAAAAUCAAGGCAGCCGGCUUCACAGCUUUCGCCUUUUACUCCAGCUGGGCGUAUCACGCACCGAACAAUGCGACAGUGGACUUCACAACCGGACCCCGCGAUAUCACACCCAUCUUCGAGCUCGCCAAGGAAUUGGGUUUGUACAUCAUCGUCCGACCCGGCCCGUACGUCAACGCUGAAGCCAAUGCUGGCGGCUUCCCGUUGUGGGUGACUACGGGUGAGUAUGGCACCCUCCGCAAUGAUGACGACCGCUAUACGAAUGCCUGGACGCCGUACUUCACCGAAGUGACGGAGAUCACUAGCCGCCACCAGGUAACUGAUGGCCAUAACUCCAUCGUUUAUCAGAUUGAGAAUGAGUAUGGGAUGCAAUGGCUGGGUGAUCCUUCCCUGCGUGUGCCAAAUGAGACCGCCAUUGCUUAUAUGGAGCUGCUCAAGGCCAAUGCCCGUGAGAACGGCAUUACGCUGCCGCUGACCGUGAACGAUCCUAAUAUGAAAACGCACUCGUGGGGAAAGGACUGGUCUGCUGGGACUGAUGUCGGUGGGAAUGUUGAUGUCUCUGGUGUGGACUCGUAUCCUUCGUGCUGGACUUGCGAUCUCAGCCAGUGCACCUCCACCAACGGCCCAUACGUCCCGUUCCAGGUCCUGGACUACCACGAUUACUUCCAGGAAUCCCAGCCCAGCAUGCCCGGUUUCAUGCCCGAGUUCCAGGGCGGCUCAUACAACCCCUGGGGUGGACCUGAAGGCGGCUGCCCUGAUAAUAUCGGUGACGACUUUGCCAACCUAUUCUACCGCUGGAACAUCGGGCAACGGGUGACAGCAAUGUCCUUGUACAUGAUGUUCGGUGGUCAAAACCACGGUGCCAUGGCUGCGCCGGUGACAGCUACCAGUUACGACUACUCGGCGCCGAUCUCAGAAGACCGGUCGAUCUGGUCGAAGUACCAUGAGACUAAAUUGCUGGCAUUGUUCACUCGCUGUGCGAGAGAUCUGACAAUGACCGAGUUGGUCGGUAAUGGAACGCAGUAUACUGAUAACUCCGCUGUGAGGGCGUAUGAGCUCCGGAAUGCGGAGACAAAUGCUGCCUUCUAUGCUACUUUCCACUCGAACACUUCCCUCUCGACGAACGAGCCUUUCCAUUUAAAGGUCAAUACUUCGGUCGGUGCUCUGACUGUCCCUAAAUAUGCCAGCAAUAUUCGCUUGAACGGACAUCAGUCCAAGAUCAUCGUGACGGACUUCACCUUUGGCUCGAAGACUCUGCUGUACUCCACAGCCGAGGUUCUGACAUAUACUGUCUUUGAUAAGAAGCCUACAUUGGUUCUCUGGGUUCCGACUGGCGAGUCUGGCGAGUUCUCUAUCAAGGGAGCCAAGCAGGGUUCUAUCAAGAAAUGCCAGGGAUGUUCGCGGGUCAAGUUCAUCAAAGAACAUGGCGGUCUGACUACCUCGUUCACGCAAUCCACUGGCACGACUGUCCUGGAAUUUGAUCAUGGUGUCAGAGUUAUCCUGCUUGAUAGAACGGCGGCGUAUGACUUCUGGGCUCCUGCACUCACAAAUGAUCCAUUCGUGCCAGAGACAGAGAGUGUUUUCAUCCAGGGUCCAUAUCUCGUCCGUGACGCCAAGCUGUCGGGCUCUAAACUCGCGAUAACCGGCGACAUCAUCAACGCAACAAUACUGGACAUCUUUGCACCAAAGGGUGUCAAGUCUGUGACCUGGAAUGGAAAGAAGGUCCACACCUAUUCGACCGAGUACGGCAGUCUCAAGGGCUCACUCAGUGCCCCGAAAUCUAUCAAACUACCGGCUUUGACUUCGUGGAAGUCGAAAGACAGUCUGCCGGAGCGGUUCACAGAUUAUGAUGAUUCCGGCGCGGCGUGGGUUGAUGCCAACCACAUGACGACUCUCAACCCUCGAACCCCGACAAGUCUACCCGUCCUCUACGCCGAUGAAUACGGAUUCCACAACGGCGUCCGUCUAUGGCGCGGGUACUUCAACGGAACAGCGACAGGAGCCUUUAUCAACGUCCAAGGAGGAUCCGCAUUCGGCUGGUCCGCCUGGCUGAACGGCGAAUUCCUCGCCUCCUACCUCGGUGACGCCACCACAUCCCAAGCAAACCUAACCCUAUCAUUCACAAACGCAACCCUGAAAACCGACACGCCAAACAUCCUCCUAAUUGUCCACGACGAUACAGGCCACGACCAAACCACCGGCGCCCUUAACCCGCGCGGCAUCAUGGACGCAAACCUCCUCGGUUCUGACUCGGGCUUCACACACUGGCGCCUAGCCGGGACCGCGGGCGGAGAGUCCGAUCUGGAUCCGGUGCGCGGCGUGUACAAUGAGGACGGACUAUUUGCCGAGCGCGUUGGAUGGCAUCUACCCGGCUUUGACGACUCAGCCUGGGGAAAGGAGGUGUCCACUAAGGAUUCGACGUCUGUUCUUAGCUUCGAGGGCGCGACGGUUCGCUUCUUCCGCACUACCAUUCCCAUUUCUAUCCCUGCGCACACUGAUGUGUCUAUUUCGUUUGUGCUUUCUACGCCAGCAGGCGUGACGACGAAGUAUCGGGCUCAGUUGUUUGUUAACGGGUACCAGUAUGGAAGGUAUAAUCCUUAUAUUGGAAAUCAGGUUGUUUAUCCUGUUCCUGUGGGAAUAUUGGAUUAUACCGGGGAGAAUACGAUCGGUGUUGCGGUUUGGGCGCAGAGUGAGGAGGGGGCUAGUAUUGGGAUUGACUGGCGGGUUAAUUAUGUUGCUGAUAGUUCGUUGGAUGUUGCUUCGAUGGACACUAAGGAUUUGAGGCCUGGGUGGACAGAGGAAAGGCUGAGGUUUGCUUGA